UUCUUCUUUGUUUUUAGGUUAUCCCAAUAAUAACCUAAUAAUUUCAAAACAAUAAUAAAUAGUUUAAAAGAAAAAUGAAUUUUCUCGGCUUUUGCAAAGAAAAGUUGUCCUUAGAAAAAAUUAGUGAUUUAGUUUCAUCACCGUCUUGUAGUGAUGUGUCUUUAUUUAUUGGUACAACAAAAGAAAAUACUAAACAACUAGUCACCCUUGAGUAUGAAGCAUUUGAAUCAAUAGGACUGAAAUCAAUGAAUAAAAUUUGCGAUGAACUUAGAGACAGAUGGAAAAAUAUUGAAAAUGUAGCCAUUUACCAUAGAUUAGGCCCUGUACAAGUUAAAGAAACGUACAUGAUAAUUGCUAUAUCAUCUCCUCAACAAACAGAUGCAAUCAAAGCCACCGAAUGGUGUGUAAACAGCGUCAAAGAAUCUCUACCAGUUUGGAAAAAAGAAACUUAUGAAGACCCAAAACCAGAAAUAACUGAUACUGAACCAAAACCAUUCGAAAAUGAUGGAAUUAAAAAGCCUUUAUUGGAAAUAAACCAAAAAGUACACACUCCAUUCGUGCCUAAUCAUCUUAUCCAAAUAAAAACCUCAAAUGAAGAUAUAGAGAACAGAAUACAGACCUUCAUGGAUAGAAAACGGAGCGAAAUCGAUGCGACCAACGUACGCGAAUUUUGCUCGGGAGACCGCGACUUGGAGUUCUCCUGCGCCAGAACCGAUGCCGUGUUGCACAAACGAAAGGGCUCCAAGACCCACUUGGAAGUACAAAGAGUAUUCAACGCGUACAAUCACAGGGAUCAAACGACCUCGGACUACAUGACGAAAUUCAUCCCCAAAAAUGGUGUAGAAGAAAGACUCGAAAAUGUGGAGUGUCAGCUCAGUUUAAAAACGCCCGUUCCUAAAAACGUUUAUCAAAGGUUGAAAGCCAUAGAGGAUCGUCUUUUGCAUUUGGAGUCUAUAUCACCUGAAUAUAUAAUGUUUUGGGAUAAGGCCAACUUGCAGAAGAAGGAGAAAAAGAAAGUGUUUAGUUUAGAGGAGAUUGAUGGAUUGAUAAUGGACACAGAAAAAGCAAUAACAAAUGCAAAGUAACAUUGGGAAAAUAAAUUAGUUUGAACCAAAGAAAUGUGUUUCUUUUAAAAUGUAUUCAAAUAUGGAUUGAACUAAUGUUACUACAAGCAAGAUGUAUAUUUAAAUAAUGUAAUUAUAUUAUUGUUAUACGUAUUAUUUUUAUAAUAAAAAUUUUAUUUAAUAUUUAUA